AUGGCGCCAAUCAUCCAACACGACGCCGACCUCAAGCGGGACAUCUCCCACGUGAGCGACAUCAAAGGCGGCGGCUCCGGUGAUGUCGAGUCUGUCCAUGCCGAUGUUGCAGACAACGCUGCUGCCGGAUAUGUGGACCCGACCCUCGUCAUCUCCGAAGAGGAGAACACGCGCCUCCGCCGCCGCGUUCACCGCCGCAUCCUCCCGCUCCUCACUCUUGCCUACCUGUGCCAGGCCCUCGACAAGGGCACGACGGCCACCUCCAGCAUCAUGGGCUGGCUCCAAGACAUCAACGCCAAGGGUCAGGACUAUGCACUUACCUCGACAUUCAUGUGGAUUGGGAUCAUCGUCGGCGAGCCUCUUGCAAACCAGGCUGUGCGACGUCUUCCGGUUGCCAAGGUCCUCGGUGUCGGCAUUGUCAUCUGGUCGGUGCUUCUUAUUGGCAUCGCAUUCUCCUUGUCUGUCCCUCCAGUCUUUGCGAUCCGAUUCCUCCUCGGCUUCUUCGAGUCGAUCAUUGGCCCAUGCCUGCUUACUCUCACGGUUCAGUGGUAUCUCGCACCCGAGCAACCUCUGGUCCAAGCAGUCUGGCAGUGCAUGGUGGGAGCCAACACAAUCAUCUCGGGCAUUCUCGGGUACGGAUUCUAUCACGUCAAGAGCCACCACGGACUCAAGGGUUGGCAGUGGAUGCACAUCGCCAUCGCCAUCGUAUCCUUCAUCUCCGCCAUCAUCAUCUUCAUCUUCCUCCCUGAUUCUCCCACACAGGCCCGAUGGGCGUCGGAAGAAGAAAAGGUCAAGCUUGUGGAGCGCGUCCGAGCCAACAACCAAGGCCUCAAACAGAAAAAGUUUAAGAAGGAGCAGGUCAUGGAGGCCUUUACCGACCCCUACUCGCUGUGCCUCUUCUUCCUCCCCUUCUUCCAGACCCUGGUCAUCGGCGGCGUCAACAAGUUCAACAACCUGUUGCUCAACCAGGCGUUCCACUUUGAUGUCCUGCAGUCACAGCUUCUGAACAUUCCCCUCGGCACACUUACCGUUACCGGCUACUUUGUCAUCUCCUGGUUCAUCCGCCGUUACAACCAAACUCUCUACACCAUGAUUGCGUUCACCAUUCCGAACAUCAUUGCUACGAUCGUCAUUCUUGUCGUUCCUCCGUCGGACAAGAGCAAGGGUGGUCUUGUCGUUGCUCUCUACAUGCUUCAGAUCUUCCAGGCAAACAAUCCCGCCAUCUUCCUCAUGCUCUCUCGCAACUCGGCUGGACAGACCAAGAAGAGCGUGACGUACGCGAUCACUUACAUGGGCUGGGCUGGCGGAAACGCCGUCUCGCCGCAGCUGUUCCAGGCUCGGUGGGCGCCGCGCUACCUUCACAGUAUGUACAUUCACCUUGCCCUGUACGGCUCAUUCAUCAGCCUCUGCCUUCUGACUCGGUGGCUCCUUGUGCACCGCAACAACAAGAAGAUCGCAGAGCAGGGCCCGGACGGUCCGAAGAACGAGAGGGCUUUCGAUGACCUCACCGAUAUCCAGGUGAGUGAAAACAGAGUGACGGUUGCUAAUCCCGACUUCAGGUACUGCCUGUAGUGACGCUGGUCAAAGACGGGUCAGAGUGGUGGGAGCCGAGUGUGGUUAGGGAGAAGGAACAUAUUGUCACAUUAGGAGGAUGGGGACGACUUGAAAGGAAGAAACGUAUGAAAUGCUUGUGAAUGUGCUGAACAGACGCAACCUCUUGCAGAAUGGCACCGGCUUGGUCCGCCAGCGAUGCGGUCCGCGGAGGUUCGCGGGACGUGGUCGUAUCCCCCGCCUCAAACACUUCACCUCACUUGUAAAGCUUGAACACAUCGUCCCAGAUACGCUGUCGCAUGGCAGGAUCGUUUGUCGCUGGCGUCGGCUUCAUGGGCUUGAGCUUGUUGUUGAUGACCUUUGGCGCGCCGGCCUCCCCGCCCUUUGUUGCGAGCCAGACGGGCAUCUCGGCGAACACAUCGGGCUUGGAGCCCAUAAGGAACAUGCCGAUGGGGUUGAAGAGUUGCAUGAAGAACCGCAGUGGCUGCCCGAGUGUUGAAUUCGAGAGGCAGUUGGUGUCCACAAGCCCGGGCCACACGUGAUACACGGGAUGCUUGGGAUAUCGGGUGUUGAACUCUUGCACAAAGGCAUCGAGAACCACACUGUCGCGCUCGGCCACGGCAACAAUGCUCGCCUUGCCCUUGUCGAAGAGUUUCUCGAGCUGGAUGUCAUCGACAUCGAACGUCUUGGAGUGGCCACCGGGGGCGCAGACAAUGACGGUAGGGCCAUGCAGUGCACGGGCGUCGGCCAGGCCGCGGGUAAGGGCAAACUUGGACGCGACCUGGACCAUGAAUCGUCCUUCGUGCCCCUCGGUGGUCAUGACGGGCUCAGUUGCCAUGAAUCCACCCUGUGUCUGGAAGAGGUAGUCGAUUGGACCGACCGCUGUAAGGUCGUUGACGAGACCGAGGGCUCCUGUGACAAGGGAUAGGUCGGCGUGAACGAAUGACCAGGUAGGGGGCACGUCGGAUGGAGCCUUGCGGCCAACGAUGACGACAUUGCCGCCCGCCGCAGACAGGCGACGCGCAAUGGCGAGCCCAAUGCCUUGAGUCCCACCCACGACGACGCAGCGCUUGCCCGAGAGGUCGAGGUCCGAGUUUGCAGCCUUGAUCGUGCCGGACAUGGUGGAUGAGGUGGGGUGUGUAGUUGUCAAGGCACAGAUGUCAC